AGCCGUUUUGCCAGUUUCGCCGUUGUUUGCUUUCCCCCUUUCAUUCCUUAAAGCGGCCAUGCGCGUGCUGUGCGCCUUGCUCGCGGUGGCCUUGGCUGUGCGAGAAGAGGCCAAUGAGUAUGUGGAGCUGUCCGCAGAGCAGGAGGAGAUGCUGGAUCAGGAGAUGAAGUUGGUCCCCGCGAAGAUCAGCAAAGCCAUCCGCAGAGCCCAGCGCUUGUCCCAGGAGGCGAUGCUUCAGGCGGAGGCGAAGAAGGCCAACCUGACCGCUGCCAAGCAGGAGGCAGAGACGAAGGCCGCCGAGGCGCUGCAGCAGAGCGAGGCCAGCACCACUGCCUCAGAGGAGGCCCGGAAGAAGAGGGAAGCGGCGGAGGCGCAGCAGAACGAAGCGGACAAGGCCCUGGAGAGCGACAACGCGGCCCAGGCAGCAUGGAAGACCAGCAACGCCAAGUUGGACGAGAUGGAGACCAGGUACAACGAUGAGGAGGGGAAGUACCGGGAGCUGGCCGAAAGAGUGAAGAGGGAGGUCCAGAGGCUGAUGAACGAGAAGCUGCAAGCGGCCAAAGCGCUGGAGGCCCUGAAGGAGGAGAAGCUGCAGCUGGCCACGGAGGUUCAUGCGCUCAAGGCGGAGGCCCAAGCCAAGGGAGGGAUCUUGAUGGCCGCGGCGGAGAAGGCGGAGCAGGCGCAGGCGGCCAUGGAGGAAGCCGACCGGGCCGCGGAAGAGGCCCAGAACGCGGCGGAGGCGGCGCAAAACCAAUUCGUCAGCUCCAAGGCUGCGGCCGAGUACGCGGAGCAGAGUUACCUGGAAGCUGCCAGCGAGUUCGAGCGGAAGUCGGAGAUGGCGAAGCUGGUGAAGAAGGUCCGAGACUCGGUGCAGGCCUUCUACGACAACUCGGACGCCAUGACCAAGAGCAUGGAGGCGGCGCUGGAAGGGCAGCAAGGCACGGCCGAGAAGAAGCCAGCUCACGAGCUUCUGCGGGCAGAUCCCAAUACCAAGACCGCCCUGGUGGCCUACAACGAGAUGGUGCUCACCUUUCGGCAGCUGCUGGUGAAGUCCAAGGACUUCUACACCUACGUGGCGGGCGGUGUCCACGAGAUCCAUGAGAACGCGGAGGCAGCCAUUCAGCUCCAGUGCGACCCUGAGGAGGAGCUGGAGCUGGCAGCCAAGGAGUCGGGCGACCAGACCGACUUGCACGAGAAGUGCGGCCAGGGCGUGUGGAGGGACCUCGAGCUGGAGCAGCAGAGGUUCCCUCACCUGGAAGGAAAGCACGUGGACGCGCAGCACGUCGUGGCAUCUCGCUGAGCCUCUGAGCUGCGUGCGCCGCGAUCGGACGCCUCGCUAUCAGACGCUAUCAACCAAAGUCUAGGUCCCCCAGCUAGGUGCCCUUUUACCGUUUCUUUUUUGGUUGGGAGGGUUCCCCCA